CCAUUGGGUGGCUUUGAAGUCAACUUUAAGACACCAAUCCGUAUUCAAAUAGAAGAUGUUUAAUUUAGGGUUUCUGAUGAUGGAACUCCUUUCUAAUUAAUUAAGGUAAUAUACUUGUACAAGUAAGCAAGUCUAGCAGAUUGCCUAUCCGAAAAUGCUGCAGUUUUUCGCAAUUUUUGUCGUUCUUGUGAUUACUACCACGCUACUUGUGGUUCGUAUUCUGUAUGUUAUAUUUCAGAGUAGCAAACCGAUCCCUAAAACUUCUCAGAAGCAUUUGAGUACCCUUGUUGUUUUGGGUUCAGGUGGGCACACGGCUGAAAUGAUUAAUUUGUUAUCUGUUAUGGAAAAAGAUCGAUUUGCUCCAAGAUUCUAUGUUGCUGCAGCAACUGACAAUAUGAGUCUUCAGAAGGCACGUGUUUUUGAGGAAACUUUGAAUAAUAAGACAAGUCUGCAAGGGCAAGAUUCUGUACAGUUUAUGCAAAUAUAUCGAAGCCGUGAAGUGGGUCAGUCAUAUAUCACCUCUGUUGGGACAACUUUAUAUGCUUUAAGUCAUGCUUUGUUGCUCAUGGUGAAAAUCAGACCUGAAGUGAUUAUAUGCAACGGUCCUGGGACUUGUAUUCCCAUAUGUGCCAUCGCAUCUGUUUUCAAGGUUUUGGGAAUCAGAUGGUCGUAUAUUUUCUAUGUGGAGAGUAUUGCAAGAGUCCAAAGACUAUCAUUGAGUGGAUUGCUUCUUUACAGAUUACGCAUGGCUGAUCAGUUAUUUGUGCAGUGGCCGCAACUACAAAAACAAUAUCCCCGAGCUUGUUAUGUGGGCCGCCUUAUGUAGUUAGAAUAUAGGUUCGACUCCAUCUUUACACAUGCCAUUUUCCCAUCUGUUUUCAAAGUUCUAUGGCGGCAGAUUGGGCUUUGAAUUUAGUUGGCAAGUUUUUACUAAGUUACUCGACGAAGUUGAAGCUGGUAAAGGAAAUAUUACUUACAUCAGAGGAUGGCUAUCGCUGCAAGAUUUUAUGAAAUCGUCUGAUGUAACAAAUUGUACUUUGAAUAGAUGCCUGAAUCUAUAGAUAUGCAUGGUUAAUAACCUUUACAAAAGUUAUAUUGUAACUCAUAAACCAAACUCAGAAGGUUAUAUAUGAAUGGGUCACAUCCUUCACAAAAUUGAUACUUCAGUAGUUUAUGUAGCCAAAUUAGUAAAAGAAUUAUUUUAUCUUA